AUGUCGGCGACUCAUACAAGCCUCGACGCUGCGGCCGUCGACCGCAAAGCGCGCCUCGCGAAACUUGCUUCUCUAAAGCGCAAACAACCAGAAUCCGAUGCUCCGGCAUCGACUGUGAAAGACACGGAACAACAAGAUGACAAUGAUACAUCAGUCGCAGAAAAAUAUCUUUCGGGACGAAACUACGAUCUAGCCUCGAAGAAUGCUAAAUUGGGGUUUGAGAAUGCGCCCACCGCCAACGUCGAGACUUUGGAAGAACGGGCGGAACGCAUAGCCGCAUCCACCGCGGAACAAGCUGCUAAGGAGGAGACAGAGGCGGAUAAGGGCAUCGACCUAUUCAAGCUGCAGCCCAAAAAACCCAACUGGGAUUUGAAGAGAGAUUUGGCAGAAAAGAUGAAAAUCCUCGAUGUUCGAACACAGAAUGCAAUCGCCAGGCUGGUGAGGGAGCGAAUAGAAAACGCAAAGAAAAAUGCCGUGAGUCAGGGCGGGACUGCCUAUUCCAACGAGAGCGGCGACCAAGGCGAAGAAGUUGGUAUAGAAGGCAAUACACUUGUCGAGGGCAUACAUCAGCGGGAACAGGAGGAGGAGCGCGAGGCUGCCCUUGGAGACGAAGAGGAUGUCCCCUGA